CGACACAUCUGACACAGAAGCAGGAAGUCACAAGAGUCAAGUAUUAUGCGGCAUCUAUUUUCAUUGAUCACGCAUUGUACAGUUUUAUUCUCUUUUGACAGUGCCGAGUUCUCCCACACAUGAGCCUGUCGUGUCCUUACUCUUCGAGACUUUCUUUUGUGCACCGAAAGUCCAGCCACAAGUUCCACUGAUGCUGAUGAUAAGCCCCAGAAUGGCCUCAGGGACGCAAGAGAAACAGUACACUGCAGCACUGCUCAGCUUUUUCAUCUAUAAUCCAACUUUCGGGCCACGAGAAGGAGAGGAAGAGAAAAAGAUUCUGUUUUAUCACCCAAGUGAAAUAGAGAAGAAUGAAAAGAUCCGAAAUGUUGGUCUGUGUGAGGCUAUUGUUCAGUUCACCAGAACCUUUUGUCCAACUAAGCCAGCUAAAUCCCUGCACACACAGAAGAAUCGUCAGUUUUUCUUUGAGCCAGAGGACAAUUUUUGGAUGGUCAUGGUUGUCAGAAAUCCAAUGAUUGAGAAACCAAACAAAGAUGGUAAACCUCCUACCGUAGAGUAUCAGGAGGAAGAAAUCCUGGACACAGUUUAUGGUGCAGUGGUGAGGCAGUGCUACAGUAUGUACAAGCUUUUUAACGGCACAUUUGCUCGAGCCAUGGAAGCUGGUGGAGUGGAGCAUCUCAUGCAGAAGCUAGAUAAGUUCUUUUAUAGGUAUCUCCAGACCCUCCACCUACAAUCUUGUGACUUGCUGGACGUAUUUGGAGGAAUCAGCUUCUUUCCUCUGGACAAGAUGACCUACCUCAAGAUCCAGUCCUUUGUCAACAGGGUGGAGGAGAGCCUCAGUCUCAUCAAAUACACCGCUUUCCUUUAUAACGACCAGCUUAUCUGGAGUGGACUUGAACAAGACGACAUGAGGAUUCUGUACAAGUACUUGACCACCUCGCUGUUCCCCAGGCACUCGGAACCUGAGCUGGCAGGCAGGGAUUCACCCCUCAGGCCAGAGGUGGCUGGGAAUCUUUUGCACUAUGGCAGGUUCUUGACAGGACCUUCCAACUUGAAAGACCCAGAGGCCAAAUUCAGAUUUCCUAAAAUAUUUGUCAGUGCUGAAGAGGGCCACGAAGAGCUGCACCUCAUCGUUUAUAAGGCGAUGAGUGCCGCAGUGUGCUUCAUGAUUGAUGCAUCCGUGGAACUGACGAGGGAGUUCUGCGAGCAGCUUGAUGGUCUGGUGGGACCUCAGCUGACACUACUGGCCUCUGAUAUCUGUGAACAGUUCACCAUUAACCGCAGGAUAUCUGGGCCUGAGAAGGAGCCCCUGUUUAAGUUCAUAUAUUUCAACCACAUGAACCUGGCGGAGAAAAGCACCAUUCACAUGAGGAAGACGGCCAGCGUGUCUCUCACCUCUGUCCAUACAGACCUCAUGAAGAUCUUGGGAGACAUCAACUGUGAUUUUGCAAGGUUCGAGGAGGAUGAAGAAAUAAUUGUCAAAGCUAUGACGGACUACUGGGUAGUCGGCAAGAAGUCAGACCAGAGGGAGCUGUAUGUAAUACUCAACCAGAAGAACGCCAAUCUCAUUGAAGUGAACGAGGAGGUGAAGAGACUUUGCGCCACACAGUUCAACAACAUCUUCUUCUUGGACUAAAGCUGCGCUAUCCGUGAUAACUGUCAGUGUUGCAGGUUGUAAUGGCAGCAGCCAGUGUAAUGCAAUAAUUGCAUUUUAAGGUAAAAAAUAAAUACAAAGCUUUCAUAUUUUUUAGUUUUUCUUUUUUAUUUAAUAUUCCACAAUUGUAAUUUUCAGAUGUAAUUAAUGCAGAUUUUUACCAUGCUGAAGUCCCAUUGUCUUUGUACAUAACUGUUGUUUGUUUUGUUUAAAUAAAAAUAUGUUUAGUUUAAUUUUGAAUUUGUCAGAGCUGAAUUUAAAAUUAACAUGCACCUGAUCGGGUUUUGCUGAGUCUAAAGUAUGAUGUCAUCAUGUGUGGCUUGUAAAUAGUGAGUGCUUACUGGAAAUAAA